AAAAAAUUAAAAUCAAUUAUUAAUCCCGCAAUUAAAAGUAGCUUAAUUAGUUAGAAAUACAUGAAUGAAAAUUAGCUAGGAGAUUUAUCCUAUUAAAAUAUGAAAUUCUUAAAUGAAGAAAACAUAUCUAAGUUUUUGCAUUGCCCAAUAUGCAAAAAGAUUUUUAAUAAUCCUAAGCGCUUGCUAUUGUGUGGAGAUACUUUUUGUGAGAAAUGUUUGCAGGUUAAUGAUAGUAAAAAAAAAGGAGAUGUAAAAAAAUGCUUUGCUUGUGGUUAAACCUAUAAUUAACAACAAAUCCAAGAUGAUUUAAUACCUAAAAAGAUUAUAGAAGACAUCAAAGUUCAGUGUACAAGAACAAAAGAUUGCUAGUGGGUUGGUAUUCUAUAAGAACAUAAAAUUCAUAUAUAAAAUAAUGAGUGUGUUGAAUAACCAGAAUAAGAAAAGAAGUAAAGUGAAUGA